CGCUCGCCUAGCCGAAGGAUCAAGUGAGCUGCAGCAGGUGGCAAAAGUUACACAUACCGCAGUGUUUGAAUGUACUGAAACAUUUACGCACAAUAUGCCAGUGAUGUUUCCAGUAGCAGAAUGUGUGGGCUUCCACACUUUCUUUGGGAAAAUAAGAGACUCCAACAUCACAUUUGUUAUUGACACCUCAGAAAGUAUGAUCUGCCAUCUUGACACCAUCAAAAAGCACCUUUGUGAAGCACUGCUGUCAAAAGCCUACAAUUCCAGUAAUUCCCUGUUCAAUAUUAUUGGGUUUUCACAUAAGGUUACAAAGUGGUGUGACCGUAUGGUGACAUGUUCGCCAAAUGUAGUGCUCAGUGCAAUGGACUGGAUACGAUCACUUGUCUGUAUGCCUGGCAGAGACUUGCUCCAGGCACUAAUCGCAGCGCUUGAUGAUCCACUCUGUCAGGCUGUUUAUCUGGUAACAGAUGGGCUGCCAAUAAACAACCUGAAGGAAACUGUGCAGGUGGUAUCGUGCAUGUCACAAGGACGUCCUCUUCACAUUUUCUUUCUGAGUGAAAAGCAUUUUGACCAUGAUGUUCAAGACUACUUGCAUGAGCUGGCCCGAUACACUAGAGGGAGCUGUCAUCUUAUCACUCUUGCUGCAGGUGAAAUUAAGCAGGUGAUUCCUACGUACAACACUGAAUGUUCAAACACUGGGCCUUUCUACUCAGAUCUGAAGUACUGUAGUGCAAAGGCAACAAUGGCACCCUGUGUAUAUAUGGAUUCCCAUCAGUGCUGCUCUGGCCAGGUGUGCACCCCUUGUCAUGCCACUAGAAGACUUUAUCAGUUGUGUCCUGUCAGUGUGUGUGAGAAUGCUGACUUCAUAGAGGGCUCUUUGGACUCAAGGCACUUGGCAACAGGCACUCGAGUUCUUGCAAGGCGAGAACCAGAUGGGUUCUACUACCUUGGAAGUAUAAAGCAAGAAAUUGAGGGAAGAAAAGGAGUAUUUCUAAUUGAUUUUGAAAAGCCUUCUGUGAGUGAUGGAACAUGCACUAUCACCAUGCAUAAAACACCCAUUGUUGACAUAAUUCACUAUAAUGAGGGUCUAAGACAUAAUAUUGUCCCCAGGGAUCAAGUUCUGGCACCCUGGGAAAAAGAGUUGUUAAGAUACGGACCAGGAAGUGUAUUAUCUGGGAUUGAAACAAGGGAUCCUUUAAGAGUACAUGAAGAUGAAGACAUUAUAGUCCGUUUCUGGAAUGGAAAGGAGGUCAAAGUGCCUAAAGGUGUGGCUUUUUGGAUUCCGCCAACAUUAUAUGACCGAAUAGUACGUGAGCUGCAGCAUCCUGUGAGUCUAAGAAAAGAUAUCCUGCCAAAUGAAAUUGUCUAUCCUGAAGUACGUACUGUUAGAACUGUCAUGCCAUCUACUCCCUGUUACAAUUACAGCUUCUGUAGUGGCCAUCUACCAUCAUGCAGAUCAUGCUCUUGUCACAAACCGUGCAUGGGGACCUGUUACUUGCCAGCUUUCCCUGCCUGUCAUUAUCCACAUCAGUAUCAAACCUGGCAGCCAUUGAUGUCAAAACCUGCACAGUAUCAGCAUGAUGCAAAGAAUGAGGAGCUGGAGAAAAAAGUCACGGCACAGCUAAAGGAGCUGGAAUUUUACAAAAAAGAAUCUUCAUCAUCAUCUUCAUGCUCAUCCUCGUCCUCUGAAGAUGAAUCAGAGUCGAACAAAGAGAUAACAAAUUCCAAGAGAGUAGUAAAGGACAGGGCAGUCAACACAGAUUCUAGUCUGUUUCAGAGGAGAAAGUCCCCAGUUCAAGAAAAGCCAGACUGGAAGUACUGGAAGAGAAGUAAUCCAGAGCCUCAUCAUAAAAAAACAGUAGGUUUGCUGUCUGGCUCUGGGAUGAACAAUCGCAGCUCUCCAUGUAAAGACCUUUACCCUGAGCUUUGGCCAGCGCAAACAAGCAAUUCUACUGCAGUGUUUAAUUGUGUGGAACAUUCUGCAGGCCCCAGGGUGUCUAUGAGGGAUGCUUUAUGGCACAAUGACUUCAGUCCAUCAGUUGGGGCCCAGGGUCCACCAGUCCAAGACCGUUUGGGGGAGAACCAGGUAAAUCAAAAUCUCAAGUACCAAGAAACUCUGGAGCAUAAAAGGAAGAAAAAGAUUGACCAUUACAAAUGGGAAAAAGAGAGAGAGGACCUAGCAGACGUUAAGUACAGUAAUACUUACCAACACCAAAGAAACCGUACCCAGCAACGACUCCAUGAUGAAACCCAGAAAAAAGAGGAGCAAACCAAAAAACUGGAAGACAUAAAAAAGGACAAACAGCUGCAGAAGAAGAGUAUUCUACAAAGAAUGCAGCUGGCCAUAAAUGAUAUAGAAGGAAGAGAAUCUAAAAAGCUAGCAUCUUUAAAGUGGCGACGGCAGCAACAUGACGCCAUAGAGGCACAGAAAGUCCGAGACAAUGAGGCGAAUGAAAAGCUACAACAGGAUACAAGACGACAACGAGUCAAAGAGUUCUACAUGAAAGAAGCUGAAAAAGUCUACCAGGCUGAAAAGGAACAUCAGGAGAAGACAAGGAGGGACAUUUUCAGGACUCCAUAAUAUGUGUCCCUGCAUGUGUUAAGAUGGAUGGAUAAAAAAACUCACUAAUACAUUUUCACUUUUGAUCAAGAAAUUGUGAAGGGACUUAAGGAAAGAAAAAUCAAAACUGAACAUUUCUUAUAAAACAGUGAAAAUAAUAGAAUCCCUGUCACAAAGCUUUCUAAUCAAAUGAAAGUUUACACCUUUCAGUUUGACCUUACAGUACUUUACAGUUUAAUCCCUAUAUAUGUUAUUACUAUACAAAGAAUGAAUUAUAUACAGGCUGUAUAUUAUUUUACAGCACACAUCUUUCUCUAUUUAAGAUACUGUGAUUAUGAUGUGAUGUUCUUCCAGAAUUACACCAGCUUUAGUGUGUAAUAAAAAUCUUUGCUCUAA